GGAGCGGCCUGGGCCCACUCGGGGCCUGGUGGCGAGGAUGAAGCAGAGGAAGCCCAGGGGGUUCUCGCCUCGCCCCGGCCGCAAACGGAAGGACCUCACGGAUAUUUCCCCCUCUACAAGCUUGCCGCCUCUCGUCGAAGGCCAGCUGCGCUGCUUUCUAAAGCUGACCGUCAGCAAAAUCUUAUGGACGGUUUCCAAGCCGCCAGCAUCCUUCCUUGUCCGGGUGAGGUGGUGGGGAGAAACCUCAAAUGGCACCAUUUUUGUUCCCCGGGAUACCUUGCAGAUGGAGCAGAAAACCCUGAAAACCACCACUCGCUACCCGGUUCGAUGUGGACCCAAACAGUUUGCCUCGUACCUAACAGAUAUGGGCGCUCUAAUCCUGGAGGUGAUGACCAAGUCAGACCACCUUCCAAUUGGACAGGUUCAAAUAGAUGGGCUGGCCCGGCUCUCCCCAGGCCACCCGAUUAGUGGGUUUUUCACCAUUGUUUCGCCGGCAUCUGAAAAGAUGGGAGAACUGCAGGUGUCCCUCGUUCUGGAACCUCUGUCUGAAACCUAUGAAAGCAGCAGCUCCGUUCCAAACACAGGUGUGAGUUUCAGCGUUGGUUUGCCAGCCCAAGGAGCCAAAGAGGCAGCCGAGGCAGCGCCAUUGCUUGCCCCACCUCAAAUUCAGAAGCCCUCCAGCACCAGUGUCAGUGGAAGAGAGUCUGUGAGCAGUAGCAGGGCUUCUACGCCCAGGGGGAAAGAUCACUUGUACUUCCAGGAGAACUCGGAGAAUGUUGGGCCAAACCACCCCAAGCCACGAAGUUUGUUUCCCAGCAACUCGGACCGUGACACCGAAGUGAGGUUACUUGGGGGAAGCCGAAACCCUGCCCGGGUUCUUUCUUGCAACAACCCAGCCACAAAAGAUCUCCUUUCAGCCCUUUUGGAUCAAGGCAGUCGGCUCCGAGAGGCCAUGGUGGUGUCUGCAAUGAAAUCCAGCCCAGACUCUGGUAUAGAACUAUAUGACACUCACCCUUCCCUGAAGCAAGAGGCCACUAAGUUAGCUGGAAAGAAUCUGAAAAACCUGAACCUUGGCCUUCCAUCUACUGUUGAGGAUCCUUUGCAACCCCCACCUGACGACUCAGAAUUUGACCUGCAGGCUGAGGACAGGGCAAUCCAUCUCUUGUUGAACAGUUCGGAUCUUUCCCCUGUGCGCCUUCUGGAUGGUUCAGGCUCACCUCCAGAGUCUCUUUCCCUCGGAAGUGAUGUGUAUGACAGCGAGUUAAACGAUCCCCACUAUGACCAGAGUCUGUUGGAGAAUUUGUUCUACACAGCUCAGAAAUCAGACAGCAGCUUGAGCGAUUUCCUCAGUGAAGAGGAAGACGCCGUUUCUUCUGGGAAACAAAAUCUCUCUCGGAGGAGCAAACCACCGACAGCACUGAAAACCUUGGGGUCAAGCCCCUCGGGACAGAAAGAGAAGACUCCGGGGACAGAAACAAGCCAUUCUGCUGGACCCCUCCCGCCUCAUGAGACUUCCGUGGCAUCUGCGGAGGAAAUGCACGCGGUCAACUUGAGUCUGGACAGACUGGCGGUGUUGAGUCAGAUCCAUUUGGCAAGAGUGGUCAUUGAGAGUUUAGGGAUCUCCCCCGAAGAGAUCAUUGGGAACACCCAAGGCAAGAAAACGUCCGUUGGAAAACCACCCAGGCCGGCCCGGGUGAAAAAGAGCUGGCCGGCUCAUGUGUGGGUGGGGAGGCAGUCCCUUCAUCUCCUGGAAGGGACUCCAGGCCCGCUGUCUUUGAAGAGGGUGGUGGCAGUGGUGAAAUUUCAACAGCGACACGUUUACCCCGUUCACUUCAGUGGCUCCAUGAUAACUCACUGGUGGAACGCCGAUCUUGAAUUCAACAUCUUUUUGAAGAAAGGCACCGAGCGAAAGCCCCUGUUGAUUGGUUCAGCAGCUUUACCUCUGCGAGAGGUCAUUCAGUCUGAGCAGCUGACGAUCAUUCACAAAUUGCCAGUAAAAGCAGAGGGUGGUCCAGCCCGGUUGGGACCUUUAAAGGUGUCCUUGGAACUCGUGGCCGACAACAAAGAUUUCACCAGCGCCAACUCCAGGGCUGCGAGGGUUCCAAAACAAGUUCCGCCCCUGUACGCCGUUCGGAGCCCGGGUGUAAAGCGGCAGGAUUCGAGCAAGACUCCAACUCCUGCCGAAAGCCCUCGGCUCUUGACGCAAAGUAAUAGGGAGUCCUCAAAGAGAACCCAGGAACCGCCAGGAAGGCCCAGCGUGGCCGUGAAUCUGCUGCCGUCAGUCCCUCUGCCCGUGUCCCGUAACCACCUGACCCAGAGGGCGGCCUCGGAAGAGGAAGCCUUGCUACUCCAUGUCCUCUUGAUGGUCCCAGAAGGGGAGGUGUCUGCCCCCCGGGAGGCUGGGCUCCUCGGCUCUUGCAACGUGUACUUGAACUGUAAGCUCUUCAACUCCGACGAAGCCACGAGAUCGGCCGUCAUGUGGGGGACCACGACGCCCGCCUUCCGUUUUUCGCAGGUUACCCCGAUUUCACUGACAUCUAAGCAUCUGGAGAGGCUGAAGAACAACGUCAUGGUCCUCGAGGCAUGGAAUAAAGGGCCCAGCCCUGGCGGGGACCGGCUGCUAGGACUGGUGAAGCUCCCCCUGCAUCAGUUUUAUGUUUCUUUCAGAGAUCCCAAGAUUUCUCACCUGCUGCUCCAGGCUCAGUAUCCGGUGCUGGCGGUGGAUGGCCCCAUGCCUUUGGUCGAGGUCUUCUCUGGCAACCGAAGCGGGACCCUGAAGGUCAUCCUGGCCAUGGGGUCUGCGGACCAGAUUGUGGCCCUGCAGAGACUCAAGGACGAAGAAGGGCGGGGUCCUCCUGUGGCACUGCGCCCCCCACAUUCUCUGGACCCUCUCGCCACCCCUCUCCCAAAGCAGGACGUCCAAGGAAAAGAAAGCUUGAUGGAACAUGUCUUUGAGAUCCACGUGGAGAGUGCCCGAGGGCUCGCCCCUCUCCAAUCCACUGUCUGGGGGGAGGCCGACUGCUACGUUCAGUACCACUUUCCAGUUCAGGAGUCAGAAUCAGACGUACCGGGCGGCCCAGAGUUCUGUGAGAAAGGCCUGAGGCUACGGCCUUACCGUUCAACGACGACCUUGUGCGUCCCGGACCCCACCUUCAACGAGGAAUGUCGUCACUCGCUGUUGGUGCCUGCUGAGGUCCCUGUCCAGCGGCUGCUGCUGAGUGCUUUCUCUGCCCAGGGCUUGGCAGGAGGAGGGGGAAUCGUCUUUGAAAUCUGGUGCAGGUACUACUACCCUAAUGUCCGAGACCAGAUGGUGGCGAGGGGGACUCUACCCCUGUCCCGCCUCUGCGCCCUGGUGACUCUGCAGCACCGGGAGGAAGUGGGGGUCCAGACGUUUAGCCUUCCCUUGCUCCCACGGACAGAGAGCUCGGGAGAGCCCCAUCCGCGACCUUCAGGUUUCCUAGAUGUGAGCAUCAGGUACGGACGCUGCUUAAAAAUAACAGAAGGCGCCCUGGCAGCUCAGACGGUCUCUCUUUCUGUCCAAAUACACUUUGCAGCUGGCUUGCAAGCAGCCGCCAGAGCUUUGGCAGAAAAGAACCCUUCGCUCCAAUACAGUGCAGAAGUUGGUGUCAAUGCCUAUGUGUCUGUGCACCUCCCCUUCCUCCCGGAGACAGAGCGGCGCAACACACGACCCGUAGCUCGUACCUUCUGCCCUGAGUUCGAGCACCACGUUGAGUUUCCGUGCCGUCUUGCCAUCCAGCGGAGCAGCGGAGAAGCCUGCUGUCUGGCUGAGCUCCUGCAUCUUUCAGAGAUUAUCUUUUCCGUCUUCCACAGGAGCCUGAACUCGGCUUCACAUGCAACAACACCUCAGGCUUCAAGAGAUUAUCUGCUGGGAACUGUGAAGGUUCCAACCAGAGACCUGUUGCUCAGAAGAUCAGGUAUUAGAGGCUGGUACCCAGUCACUUUGCCAGAAGAUCUGAUGCCUUCUCAUUGUGCCAACAUCAUGCAAAGCGUUGCUGGAGGCCUGGAGCUUUCCGUUGGCUUUGUUCACCCUGAGGACCGAGAGCGUGUUCUGGAUGCUGCUAAGCUUUUAGGCUGGAACUGGGACGAUGCAGAGCCUGAGAGACUGGAGGAUGAUAGUGAGGGUGAAUACCAACCCGUUCAAAACCUCACAACAGUGACUGUUUCUAUCCCAAGGCUGUGGCUACCACUGCAGAGCGUGCUCCUUGCAGGAGAGACACAGAUCAAUAGGAGAGUCUAUUGCUACCUUCGCUAUAAGCUGUAUGAUCAAGAAGCCACGUGGACGUCACUUAGGAAGCCCAGAUUAGCCGAAGAUCAGAAGCAGGUGACGGUGACCUAUAAGAAAAGCAAACAAAUGGGUCUUCCGCAGAGCCAGGCGUUACAGUGGUACUUCAGGGAGGAAAGAUUGGAAUUUCAAGUGUGGCGAGCCUUCGGGAAUGAAAGCAACGUGGAAAGACCGCUGGAUACGGACCGCCUGAUUGGAUCAGCCUAUGUGGACCUUUCAGGGCUCAGCAAGAGCUCGGGGAAAAAGAGAACCGUCAGCGGUGUCUUCCCCCUGUUUCGACGAAAUGCUUCCAACUUGUCGGGAGCAGCUGUGCGCGUUCACAUUGCUGUGUCUUCCGCUGGUGUGGAUGGGCUUGAAGGCGAAAGCCGUGGUGAUAGCAGCUUCAGCGAAUGCGAAGAACCAAAGAAAGCGCCCGAGCCGGACGUCAAACUCCACUUGGAACCGAGUCCUUCGGCUUCCGAGAUCCUGGCUAAGAAAUCGGAGGAGUCCCCUCCCUCGGUGGACCACGAGAAGACGUUUGCAGCUAGCAUCCUGGUGGAAAGGGCCAUGCACUUGAGCUUAAAGGGGAGUCCUCUCACUGAACGCGGAGUAACGGUACCCAGCAGUUACGUGUCCUUUGUUGCCGCUGAUGCUGACAAUCUGAUCACCACAGAGGUUGUUGAAAAUACCGAGUCGCCCGUUUGGGGCUUUCAGCGGCAGACCAGGCUGUCGAAAGAACUUCUCUUAGAUCCGCAGCAAACUCUUGUCUUUAAAGUGUGGCAUAAAGCAGAUGUAGAGCGUGUGAUAGGAUUUGCAUCGGUGGAUCUGUCCCCGCUCCUCUCUGGCUUCCAUUUAGUCUGUGGUUGGUAUAACAUCACGGACUUCAGCGGCCAGUGUCAAGGACAGAUCAAAGUGGCCGUCUCUCCUCUUGAAAAUAUUGCUCAUCUCAAAGAAGAAAGGCAGGCAAGAAGCCAGAUGAAAACCCUGGGGUGCUCCGUUCCUGCAACAAACCCUUCUGCUUUCCAGGCGAGGGGCUUCUAUUCUGCGUUUUCUUCCUUCUCCACCAAAGGGACCGAACAGCUUUUUAUCUCCUCAUCAAAGGGCUUUGAUGCUGCCAGUCAUGAGAAGGCGGGAUCCUCCGGGUCCUGGAUGCCACGUCACGAAGAGCAUGUGCAGAACAUCCGCCGAUUCCACGAGUCCCUCCAGCAGGCAGAAGGGAGCGCGCAGCAAGCCCGAGCGCUGGACUCGCGGUCCUAUUCCUCACGCUCCUCUCUUCUCAGAACACUCAGUGAGAGCAGCCGAUCACUGCAGAUACGGCAGCUGAAUGUGGUCAACAAGCAUUGCCUAAACCUGCAGAACAAGAUAAUGAAAGAUGCUGAAGAGUCUCCAGGUGCUUGUGUAGACAGGAGCAGACGUUUAAGUGCUAAUGAGCCCCUUCUGGACCUCAAAGAAAGCCCUUCCAGGACUGAGACCCUCCAAGGCCACCUGAGGAACCAAACCCUCCAUGCUGGUGUCGAUGAAGUACCUGUAUCCCCUCUUGGAAAAUCGUUUCAUGGAAGAGACGUGUUGUAUGAAUUCCUGGACCAAGCCGAGUCUCGGGGGGACCCCUACUUAUCCGCGCACGGUAUCCGGAGAGAAGAAGAGGGCGCUCAGUCGCACAGCGAGGAGGAAUACGACGAGGACAUCAUCGAACCAAGAACCCUGAACGAAAUCACCCCGGUGACAGACAGAACCAGUCCCUGGUCCAGCCCUGUUUCCGAACUAGAGCGAGAAGCCAUUGGAAGGGCUGCUGAAUAUGGGCUUCAAGAGCCCGGGACGAGAAGCAGCUCCAUGGCCAGCAUAACGCAAGAGGAUCCUCAGAGCAUUCCCAGCCCUGCUAGAUCCAGGAGCAUCAGCCCAUUUCUAGAAGCAGUGGAUGAAGAACCUGUGGAGAGGCAUGGCUUUGAAGGCAGCACCGGCGAGUCCGGCCAGCCGGCAUCUCUCUCGCUUCCAAAUCAGGCGGAGGGCGGACCUGCCGAAGAAGACCAAGGGGAGAGCCAGGAAGAACCUCUGGAGACAGAGGGGAAAACAGCCGACAGACAAUCGUUUCCUUUGGGCCAUGGGGCCAAAGAGGUUUUACCAGCUGAGACCCUUGUCCCAGAAUCGAAAAAGGGGGAAGAGCAUUUGCAUGAUCACUACCAAGAUGAGGAAGCACUUGAUUCAAGCAAAGAGGAGAUCCCGCGUUGCCCUGACUCGUUGCAAGCUGCACAACAUACUACAAGUGGCUCUACGGAAAGUUGUGAAGACCCCCCUGAAGAGCGACGAAACGUCGCCAAGCCCAGUGUGGUGCUCUCCGACCCGGUCCUCGUUCCCAAUUUCUUCCUUCCACCGGAACAUCUGGAGGCUUCCAUGAGGUUGCUCGGGGUUUCUUCCUCUCCUGCUCCUGCAUGGGCCGGGGCCAGUCAACCUGGAAGCAGCGAUGGUGGUGCUGCCGCUGCUGCUCCAAUGGCGGGGAUCCCUUUCCGAAGGCAGAACCGCCCCAAGGCCAACUUGAUGCCCGCUGAGCUGCCCGAAGAGGAAACGAAAAGGAUUGCGAGAAUAUUUUCUGCACGGUUCUCUAAAAAAACAUAGCAGGGGAACCGGGCAGUGGCUCAAACCGGGGACCCUGCUAGGAAAGGCUGCCUUCCCGGGAUCUGCCCUAAGCUGGGACUCCCUUGGGGGCCUCUGAGCCAAAGGGCAGCUGGCACCUGCCCGAUUCCCCGUCGUUGGCUCACGAGUUCUCUGCCUGGUGUUAAAAAGGAAGACUUGUUUGGAUGUUGUUUACAGAAGAAAUGGCGGACCCUCUUUGCUCAAUCCACAGGUCAUGCCCACCCAUCUCGUCCUCCAAGGGUUUACAAAACUAAUCAAAUCAGCCAAGUCAUGACGUUAUAGGUAGGAACAGCAAACAUGUGCACCUUGAGUCGAGGGCUGGGCUCAGGGUAACGUUAUGCCCUGGACUAAGAGCCUGUCCCGCUUUGUUUAGCUUGUUCUUCCUUUCAACUCAGGUUCCUAAAUCACUUCGUCAGCGUGAGAACCGCAACCGUCCCAUUUUUUUCCACAUUGCCAAGGGCUACUGAAAGCCCUGCAUGUCCCAAGAGCUCUCUCUGAGCAGGGAGAAUGCAGGCUUCCACAGAUCUAAGCUGCUUCCGGGCGGGGGGCUGUAGUCUGGCCCAGGGCUUGACGGGUUUUGCCCCCUAGCAGCAUCCGAAGGGGCAGCAAUAGGGCAGCUUCCCUGCCCUUUAAGUAAGGGGGACGCCAGGCCUCCAGCCUCUUCCCUCUCCAGAAAGCCAGCCCCUCCAGUUCCCUCUUGCUUUACGGGACUGGGCAGAAAAACAACAAGAAUUAAAUCUCCCACGCUUGCACCCCUCCCACUUUCAGUUUAGGGAUCAUCCACUGUUUUGGGGGCCACCGCUCCCCCCCAAUCCCUGAACAUGGGUUCUGCUGGCAAUUGUGGGCUGAAACAUCUGGCAGGCCAUUGUUGCCAACCCCUGGUCUAAUCUGUAUACAUAGUUUGAGUUUUUGUUAAUACCAGUUUUGACUUCUUUUUUUGUCGGUAUUUAUAUAUCCCAACCAACCAUGGAAAAAUACCAGUUCAUAUAGAAGCACUUUUCUUGGCAGAAAGAUGUGGAAGAUAAAAAUCUAGCAGGAGAGGUGAAUGCUGUCGUUUUGUUUUUCUGUUUACAGUCCUUUCUUACGCAACCCUGAAGGGAAACCUUGACAAGGGAGUGGGUGGAAUGGCAGAUCGGUUCUGGAUUUCGCCUUUCCCCAGAACUGUACCCUCUCUCUUAGGCACUAAUCUGAUGUGUAUCUGGAUACCCUUGCCAACGUGUGAAAUGGCAAUGUAAGGACGCUGGUUCCAGUCUAAAGCUGCUCAGGGACGCUGAUAAACACGCACUGUUUUUAUGGGAAGUGGGGCCACUCUCUUCGGUGAGAGCUGUGGUUGUGAGUAUCCUCCUCCCCACCCCCCAAUCCGACAGAAGGGGCUUCCUCAGAUGCAGUGACUUAGACACAUGGCACGCCACAGUGCAUUCACAGUAAACCAGGAAUCUGCUGAUACAAUGAUUCCGUGUGGGUGGGUUUUUUUUAAAAGAGUGUGUGUUCUUGUAAAUAUAAAUUAUUUUUGUAUUUGCAUGUAUAAUAAUCAUUUUAAGUCAAUUUUUUAAAAUCUCAUCCAACUUUGAAGAGCUGCAAUUCCAAAUGGAAGCCCUGUUGAUUUACUUGUAAAGAUGUCUUGUUUUUUUACAGAUUUGAUUCUCUUUUUUUAACAAUAAAAUGGCCUUUAUCUUU